UAGGUUCUGGAUUUGAUUAUAUUAAGUUAGUAGAUAGUGAUGAAGAAUCAAUAUGAUGAAUAGUAGAAAAUUAAAAAUAAUAGUACAUAAUUCGAAGACAAUAAUGGAAUUGAUUUAGGCAUACGCAAAGUAAUAAAAUUAGGAGAGAAUGAAGAUAAGAUAGGUACAAGCUUAAGCAUUAAUUUAGCAACCAAUUUGUAAUACGAAUCUUUAAGAGACACAGAAUAAUAAAAAUAAGUGAUAUAGCAAAUUAAGCAUCUUGCACGAUAAGGUUCACAUAUGUACGUAACUAUCUUUUUAUAUUAUUUUGAUCUCUGCAAAUACUGUUUCCCAUAUUCCUUAUAUUUUAUUAUUGCCUAUUUAUUAUUAUUUUAGCACCGGAUAUUUGGAGCUACCCACAGAAGUAAUAAAUUAAUACAAAAAGAAAAGUAACUCUGAUGCCUUAAUAGAUGAAGUGUUAUUAGAGUAAGUACUUUUUAAUCACUCUCUAAAACUUUAUUUCCUUAUAUUCAUCAUUUAUUUUUUCAUUAUUUUUUUACUUAGUAAGUUUUUACCGCCAAACUCGAUCACUCCGCUUAUAUUCACUAAGAAAUUACCUCAAGGUGGACAGUAUAGACAAAAAGGAACUUAACCAUUGUGGGUAAAUGCAUUUGAAAGCCUUCUAAGUGUUGUGGUCUAAUUGUAUUACAAGAGUGAUUAGAAAUUAGCAGAAUUUAUGAAAGAAAAGGUCUAAAUAGAUAGUAAAAAAGACAUUAAGCAAGUAAUUAUUACAAUAAAUAAAAGGAAAAGAAACCAGGUAGAAAAAAGAAAAUUCUUGAUAACGAUUCUCCUAAUCAAGAAUAAAUCGAAUAAUAGUAGCCAAACAGCUAAAAUGUUUACUCUCUUUUAUAAUAAGAUGUAUUAGAUAUACUCAUUUCUCCAUUAAGAAACGAUUUUUCAUUUGGUAUUCUAUCAAUUUUUAUCUUAUAGAAACUUGGACAACUAAAGAAAUUGCCAUAUUUGAAUGUGGAUUAUGUAGAUAUGGUAAAUAAUAUGAAUUCUUGUCACAUCUAGUAAAUAUAUUCUUAAUAGAUAUAGAUUAAAACCAAAAAUGCAUAAGAUAUUAUUCAAUUUUAUUACAAUUGGAAAUUCACAAGCCAUUAUAAGUUAUGGAAAAUAAAUAAAGCAUAUUAUCAUCGCAGCAACCUUAAUAACUAUGUUUGAAA